AUGAAUUCUGAAUCAUCUUCUCAUUCUCGGUCCGACGAGGAGAUAUCUCAUUCUUCUUCCGAAGAGGAGGUACCUCCCGCUCCCACCGGAUGGGAUGUCGCGGGUUUCGCCAACAACCCAGUCAACAACUAUAUCUCCCGUUUCAUACAAAGCGAGCUUGCUCGAAUGCAGCAGCCACCCCAACGGCCAAUCCGCAGGCGGCGCCGAUACAUCCCCCGCGACCACGCUGGUGGGCACGAUCGGCUGUUCGCCGAUUAUUUUGCUGAGGAACCACGUUAUCCGGCAGAUGUAUUUCGUCGCCGAUUCAGAAUGCGCCGCUCCCUCUUCCUGCGCAUUGUUAAUGCGUUGUCCGCGCGUUACCCCGAGUUCCGGCUCCAACGAGACGCCACAGGGAAGCUCGGUCUAUCGCCCCUGCAGAAAUGCACUGUUGCCAUCCGACAAUUGGCAUAUGGAGGGUCCGCCGACAUGUUCGAUGAGUAUCUGCAAUGCGGCGAGACGACUGGCAACGAGUGCCUGAAGAAUUUUUGUCAGGGCGUGCGAGAGAUAUUUGGGGGGCACUACCUUCGCUCGCCGGACGCAGCUGACUGCCAGUUCCUGCUGGAUUGGCACUGGAGGACCCACGGCUUUCCGGGGAUGCUCGGCAGCAUCGAUCGUAUGCACUGGCAGUGGAAGAACUGCCCAACCGCGUGGCGAGGCCAGUUCACUACCGGCUACAAAGGCCCCUCCAUCGAAUUCACGGCCAAUGGCAAUGUGCAUAACAUGGGGUACUACCUGGCUGACGGCAUCUAUCCGCAAUGGCCCGUGUUUUUGAAGACGAUCAGAUGCCCAAUCGGAGAUAGUAGAAAGUAUUUUGCCCGAGCGCAAGAGUCUGCGCGCAAGGAUGUGGAGAGGGCGUUUGGGGUGCUCCAAUCACGAUUUGCACUGGUAAAGGGCCCGACGCGCUUUUACUACCAGGGGGAUAUUGCCGACAUCAUGUAUGCGUGCAUCAUCAUGCAUAACAUGAUCAUCGAGGAUGAACAUGAAGGCGUCCUCAACGUCACCAACGACACCAGUGUUGCAUCAUCGAGUCACGGCAGCAGUUAUCUAGAAGCAAAGUUAACCGACCUAAGUGGAGUGUUGGUAGGUGGUAGUAGAGCUUUCCCGUGCAGCUACGCCUUUAUCCAAGAGGCGACAUCAGCAAGUGGAAAUCACUCUGUAUUUUCGUAUAAGUUGGAGUUUCUACAGAAUAACUCAAAGGCAUUCUCGGAUGAGUUUACGGAGACGAUGAUGACGCCGGUUCCGGUGGUGCGGCUCAAAUGGCGGAUUGGGAAUAAGAAUUGCAGUCAGCAGCUGACCAAUGAUCCUAGUUAUGCAUGUAGAGAUACGAGUAUUUGUCGUGAUAAAUCUGUUGUUAAUGGUGAUGGAUACCAUUGCAAAUGCUCUCAAGGAAACAAGGGCAAUGCUUACCUCAUCGGAGGAUGCCAAGAUGACGUCAUACGAGAUCCUAAACACAAAUGCUUGGUGGAUCAAUGUGGGAAUUUAUCGAUUCCAUAUCCAUUCGGAAUUGGGAGAAAUUGCUACAUGGAUCCAUCUUUCAAUAUCAGCUGCAAUGCCUCGACGAACCCCCCCAAAGCAUACCUCUCCGCUCUCGAUGCAGAAAUCUACGACCUUAACCUAACCCAGAUUAGGGUCAAUUACCCCAAAUCAGCUUUCAAUUGCUACAAUUCGUCAGACAAUCGGAGCUUGAUCAUUGAUCUGACAGCAACUCAGUUCACACUGUCGACGCAGAACGUGCUCACUGCCUUUGGCUGCGACGACAUGGCGGUGGCCUACGGAAAAUCCAACAACACAAGCUUUGUAGGAGGCACCUGCGCCGCCUCGUGCAGCUCCAAUGAUCUUGACGAUUACUCUAAUUACGGUUCCUGCGCAGGAUUCUCUAUGCUUUCUACAGGUUUUGAUCGGUAUGAUACGGCCAUUGGCUGUUGCCAGACCCCCAUUUCUAGAGGGAUAACUUACCUGGAAGCAAAUUUGACAGACUUAAGUGGGAAAUGGCUACGUAGGAAGCUUUUUCCUUGCAGCUACGCUUACAUCGCAGAGAAGAAGACUUCAUAUUUUAGUUACCCGUUGAAAUAUCUUAGUAAUUCAACUGCACCAUUCAUAGAGGAAAAUUAUAUUAAGCCGGUUUUGGUGUUAGAUUGGAGGAUUGGGAAAGAGAAUUGCAAUGUAGCAAAAACAAAUGCAACUACUUAUGGUUGUAAGGGCAAUGCUACUUGUGUUGAUUUUGAAGGAAAUGUUGGAGGUUACAUCUGCGUCUGCUUGAAAGGAUACCAAGGCAAUCCUUACCAGGGAUGCCAAGAUAUUGAUGAAUGUGGUGAUGUUAAAACCAAUCCAUGCAAUUCAAUUUCAAGUUGCACCAAUACUCCUGGUUCUGUUACCUGUGUGUGUCCAAGAGGAUUUUAUGGUGAUGGGAAGAAAGAUGGAAAGGAAUAUGCAAGUGGCUGUAUUAAGCACAAACAAUCCAAUACCAAGACCAUAAUCUUGACAGGUAUUGGAUCUGCAUUAGGCUUUGUACUAUUCCUCCUUAUGUGCUUUGGGUUGUAUAAGAUGCUCAAAAAGAGAAAGGAAAAAAUGGUUAAAGAGAAGUUCUUUAAGCGAAAUGGUGGUCUUCUGCUACAACAGCAAACCAACGAAGGUGCACUCGGAAAAACAAAAGUUUUCCCCUCACAAGAGCUGGAGGUUGCUACUGAUUACUUUAAUGAAAGUCGGAUUCUUGGACGCGGAGGGCAAGGCACGGUCUACAAAGGAAUGUUGUCGGAUGGUAAGAUUGUGGCGGUCAAGAAAGCAAAGUUGGUCGAGGAGAGUCAACUGGAACAGUUCAUAAAUGAGGUGGUGAUACUGUCGCAAAUCAAUCACAGAAAUGUGGUCAAAUUGUUGGGAUGUUGCUUAGAGACCGAGGUUCCUCUGCUUGUUUACGAAUUCAUGCCAAAUGGGACUCUUUUUGAGCUCAUUCACGAUCCAAAUAAUGAAUUUCCAAUCUCUUGGAGCAUGCGUUUGAAGAUCGCAUCAGAUAUAGCAGGCGCUCUGGCCUACUUACAUCAUGCAUCUUCUAUGCCUAUCUAUCAUCGAGAUAUCAAGUCUAGUAACAUCCUUUUAGAUGAAAAAUAUGUUGUCAAGGUGUCGGAUUUCGGAACUUCACGGUCAAUUAAUGCAGAUCAGACUCAUUUGACUACUCUGGUUAAAGGGACGUUCGGAUAUCUAGAUCCGGAGUAUUUUCAGUCGAGUCAGUUCACGGAAAAAAGUGAUGUUUAUAGUUUUGGAGUAGUUAUUGUCGAGCUCCUAACCGGGCAAAGGGCGAUAUCUAUGGGGAAAACAGAUGAUGACAGAAGCCUAGCAACACGAUUUCUUACAUGCAUGGAAGAAAAAUGCCUUGACAAAAUUUUAGAUCCUCAAGUUUUAGAGCAAGGUAGGAUGGAAGAGGUGCUUUUAGUUGCGAGGCUUGCACAAAGGUGUUUGAAUCUGAAAGGGAAAAUGAGACCAACAAUGAAAGAAGUUUCUACAGAAUUGGAAAGUUAUAGGAUAUCCCAAAUGUCUUGCUCCAAUGUGAAAGAAGAAGUUGAGGAUGAGACAGUUUUUGAAGCUAAGCCUAUAUCAUUUUCAGAUAUUGAAUACUCAUGGACAGCCAGUUACAAGAGUCUCUCUCCUUCGUCCUCAGAUGCGCAUCCAUUAAUGCACGCAACUUAAACUUCUCGUAAAUCAUACUACUAUAUAUUUGCUCUUGUAUGUACUUGUGAACUCUGUUAUGUUGAGAUAUUCAUGUGUAAGUUGUCCCAUGUCGAAUAUGUGAAGUAAAAAGAGAUCAACUUAA